CGAGCGUUUGCCUUAUACUUCCAACAUAAUCUUGAAAAAUCAUAACCUCGAGGAAAUGUUUGACAAGAGGGAUCCAUACAAGGAGGGGAGCAUUUGGUUUUAUGCUCCCAACAAAGGCGCGCCUAUAGCAUUCGCAAUCCUCUUUGCGAUGUCCGGCGUAAUUCAUGCAUAUCAGUCUCAGAGAUUUAGAUCGUGGACUGUGACCGGAAUGCUGCCCUGGUCGGCCAUUCUAUUCACUGUCGGCUUUAUUCUGAGGGCUAUAGGCGCCUUUGGUGAGUGGGACAAUGUACCGAUCUAUAUCGCGAGCACUGUCUUCCUUCUGGCUGGGCCGCCUGUAUACGAGGGCGCCAACUUCUUUAUUCUCGGCCGCAUACUCUACUACAUCCCUUACCUUUCACCUAUACACCCUGGACGCGUGUUCUCGACCUUUCUCGGCUUCCUCGCUUUUGUAGAAGUCUUGACGGCAAACGGGGCAGCACAGCUAGCAAAUGUGGAGGCAACGCAGAGGCGGCGGGAAAUCGGCGAUGGCUUGCUUAAAGCUGCCCUGAUCCUGCAGCUUGUAGUCAUGGCCGGAUUUGUGUCUCUUGCUGUUUACUUCCAAGUGAAAUGCUAUCGCGCCGGACUUCUCACCAAGAAGCUCAAGAGCGUCCUCACCGUCCUAUACUGCAGUUGCACCUUCAUAACCACACGCACCGUUUUCCGCACCGUCGAAUAUUUCACUGCAGCCGGGCAGCAUAGCUGGGACGACCCGAACGACGUCAACCCUAUCAUCCGGAACGAGUGGUUCUUUUGGUUUUUUGAGGUGGUCAUCAUGUAUGCUAACACCACGAUGCUCAACAUCUUUCAUCCGAUGCGGUUCUUGCCCCGUUCGAACAAAAUCUACCUUGCUAAAGACGGGGUGACCGAAGUCGAGGGCCCUGGUUUCCAGGAUCCCCGGCCUUGGUAUGUUACAUUCAUUGAUCCCUUUGAUAUCGCCGGCUUGAUCAGUGGCAAGCAGGUUAAGUACUGGGAGACAGACGGGUCCGGACAGGGAAAUCAGACAAACACUCACAAGGAUGUAACUUAUCCUUGUUAGGCCUGAUGUUCUGGUUUGACAACCUGAACCUUGCCGUGCCUGUCAUUAUGGGUUCCUGAUUUCCUGGUCUAGAGGCGUCCUGCUUCCGUUCUGUAUAUAGAAAGUACUGUGUAUUCUCUGAGCGUUAUCUGGUUAUUGCUUUGAUAUAGAGUUGCAUAGUAUCGUGGAUGCACAUCCGAUUUCUCGUAUCUCUUCUCAAUGAAGUCGUCUU